CAUCGCUUUGGCUCAGUUCUUCGGUGAAGGCUCUGUUGUCGUGACCGACCGUUGAGUGGCUUCAAAGAAAUUUUCUGGGAAAAGCUAAAAACAGUCGGAGUGUCUACUAUCUUAUUAGCAUCACAGUUGGCUGAGAGCUAGUAAGCUGGUUCCUCGUCGUUAGACUAGGGGGAGGCGAACAGACGAUUGCCUUUAUCAUAGAUAAAAUCGCAGAGUUGUUUUUCUAGAUGGUGAUAUUGAACGUCUUGAGAUCCGGUAUCUUCAGUUAUCAUAGCGCGGUGACCGCGAACAGUUUUCGGCAAGGCGCUGGUGAAGCACCAGCGGACUCAGACGUUUCUCCCCCUCUGCGUUAAACGAAUAAAACAAAAAAAUUCAAAAAAUCUACAAGGAAAAACCAUCCCAAAUAAUAUUAUCAUAAACUCCUAUAAAAUCUCAAUGGAGAUCCCGACCUUGAUCGCUUGACUACAGAAAGAAAGUCUUUUAAGAAAAUUUUCUUGAAAUUCCUCCCUUGGGUGGAAUUCUCCAGCUUUUUCCUUUCAACGCGACUUUUUGAAAUUCCAUUCGCGAAUAAUUCGAAGGAAACUUGGUCCUGAUCCUUUGUGUGUUGUAUUCAGUGAGUCAGUGCAGCAGUUAUGCGUAUUGUCCUGAGUGCAAUUAUAUCCUGAAGGUAAAUAUUUGCGCGAAGAGUGGCUUGUGAUUAUCUUUUCCUUGCAAAUAUUUGAGUUCCUCUCGACAGUGCUUCAGUGAUUUCCUGGAAUCGAAGGGUUCCUCCCUUGGCUCGAUUUUAUAUCUGAAAUGAAGCGAAUCUUGAAGAUAGUGCUCGUAGUGGAAUAGUUUGUUUGUCUGUUUCCAUGCAAACGGUGGCGUUUGAAUAGUCAUAAAUUCAAAUCAAAUGUCGAUAAAUUUUUGAAAAAGUUUUACUCCAGCUAAAUAACCGGUCGUAGAUAUCGGAAUAAGGCAUUUAUGCGUGGUUUUGAUAUGUCAGCGUUGUUUGUUGUUCGGCCCGUUUGUGUUUAGUGUCUGUGAAUCUGUAACUAGAUAUUGUCGAUAUUAAUACAUAUUCAUAAAGAGUCUUUGAAUAUUAUCGCAGUACCUACAUGUUCGUAUGUAGGUUUAGUUUCGGAAUAUAUGUCAUUGUUAUGGAGAUUCUGAUCGGAAAGAUAAGUGUUUAGCUGUUCUUUGAUGUGGCAUUAAGCGGCUAAUUAGGAGGACAAAUUUCUCGGAGAUCUGAAUCUUAUCUUCAGAAUAAAUAUAUUCAUUGUUUCCCCAAAGGCAUACACCAGAAAUAAUACGUCCAUUAAAGAUGAGUGUAAUAUCCUCAAAGAAUCUCAAAAUAUUUCCACAUCUACUCAUCUGACUGUGCUUAAUUGUUGCGGUUGAAGGAAGGAUUUCAACAAAACCUCAAAGAGCAUAAUUAGCAAAGGCAAAGCAUUAGAAAAUUGUCUUGAACGAUAGCCGUAAAGGCAUCACACGCGUGACCAAAAUGAAUAUCUCAGAAGUUCUGGAUGAGCUUUGUCAGUUGGUUAACCAAUCAUCUGAGACAGCCUCGUGGGACGAACUACUGCAGAACUACAGCACAGAACUGAACAUAAGUCAUCUCCUCAACACAAGUUGCAUGACGCUCACCGAUGAUUUGGUGAAGGAGUCAUCGCGGGACGCGAUACCAAUUUUAGCAACAAUAACCAUUUGUUAUAUUUUUAUUUUUAUUGCCGGCGUUUUGGGCAACCUAAUUACGUGCACUGUGAUAUCUAGGAAUAAAUUCAUGCAUACCGCUACCAACUACUACCUAUUUAAUCUAGCUAUAUCGGAUUUGUUGUUGUUACUGUCAGGGAUGCCGUAUGAAAUCUAUGAUAUUUGGUUCCCGUCGUCGUUUCCCUUCACGGAUCCUAUCUGUAUCCUAAAAGGGCUUCUAUCAGAAACAUCAGCGAAUGCAACAGUAUUGACCAUAACAGCGUUUACCGUCGAAAGAUACAUUGCGAUAUGUCAUCCGUUCAGGCAGCACACUAUGUCAAAACUAUCGCGUGUUGUAAAAUUUAUUCUGCUGAUAUGGAUGUCAGCAUUCAUCCUGGCCAUACCACAGUCAAUGCAGUUCGGCGUGAGAAAUAGUGAAAAUGGAAAUCUGUGCACUGUUACGAAGAGCAUCUACAUGGCACACGCUUUUGAAGUGUCUGGAUUUCUGUUUUUCAUUGGACCCAUGACUGCCAUAUGCGUCCUUUACGUCCUCAUUGGGAUCAAGCUGAACAAAAGUAAAUAUUUGCAGGAAGUUAAACGAAAGCCCAGCGAACCGAAUCGGAACGUGAGCGGACAGACGCGUGUCAUACGGAUGUUGGUGGCCGUGGCUGUUGCAUUCUUCCUAUGCUGGGCUCCGUUUCACGCGCAACGUCUUGUCGCCGUCUACGGAUCCAAAUCAGUGACGUCUCACAGUGAUUUGUUCUACAAAGUCUACAAAGUCCUGACGUACAUCUCGGGGGUUCUCUAUUAUCUAUCGACGUGCAUAAAUCCGCUUCUCUAUAAUAUCAUGAGCUAUAAAUUCCGAGACGCUUUCAAGCUCACGCUGGCGCGUCAGUUUGGUCUGGGUAGUAAAUAUCAAGUAAAAAACCACAACUACAGCGCCUUGAGCCGGCAGAAUGGCUCCGUCCGCUUGACAACAACUACGGUGAAUAAUCGUCACAAUAACUUUAACAUUGACAAAUUGCAAAAACGUGAAUCAGAUCUUUCUCUGCAGGACAGCACAAGGGCCAAGCCACAUCGUCUCAGGUGCGUUUCGGUCAGUAGCCAAUCGACUCUGAUGACCUCCCUUAGUAAAAAUGAUAUGUUCGCGGGGAAUCCCCUUAAUCGCGGCGACCUGCAAAUCAUCUCCAGCGAUGAGCAGGGCACUUCGUCCGAGUCUCAGCAAGAAAUGCCUGCAAUUCGUCGUCAGAGUAGUAUCUUGCGCGAGGGCUCAAUGAAAAUGGAUGUGUUUCCGCGAACCCAUGGGGGUGCAAAUGGCAUCAAUCGCCUAAACUACGGCGGAAAAGGAUCUUUCUCGCGAAAUGGCUCUAACCUAAGCAACGGCCACCAAAACGGUCAGAGCUGCUAUACAGUGCAGAGCGGACAAAACGGGAAUCAUAUUAAUGGGAAAUCUUCUCCGAACCCUCCCAUCUCCAGACCAAUUACGAUAGAAAGUUUGUCAGAGAAGCUACGAAAAGGGACUCGCAAGGUCCUGUCGCUGCGUCCCAACGCGACAAUAGCGUCUAAACAAGAAAGCAAUUCCCAACUUGAGAAGGGUGCGCUGUCGAAUCAGGGCGGGUACGUCACGAGACAGGGAGAACCAGCUUGGGACAGCUCACCGACGGCAGAGUACAUACAUCGUGUCCUCUGAAAUCAGGAAUAUUUGGCUCCCCAAGUAUACGACGACGACGAAGACGAAACGUGUGAUUCGUUCUAAUGUGAUGUUGGAGGCCGGUAGCUGCCGCUGCUUCUUAAGACUCAUUUAAGAUAGUGUGAAUUAUUAUUCUAGAGCAUUAAUGUAUAUAGUCAUAAUUAUAGUGAUUAGUAGAUGUAAUUUGUAGCUUUUAUUCCUCCAGAAUAUUUUGUAAUAUUCAGAUAGAACUUCAGUGUUAAAUAUAUUAUAUUUAACGAUUUUAUUCUUUCA